AUGUCUCCCAACGACUCCAUGCCGAAGCUAGGGCACCAAAACAACGAUACCGCACACGUGCAGCUGCCUCAACCCGUCAUCACAAAAUUGGGAUGUCAGUCUACCACCCCAGGUCGCAAACACAAACUCAACGCAUACGCCUUCCAGCAGGACGCUAUAGUCACCUUCAAGGGCCACCAGUACGCAACAUACUGGUCCAACGCCGGGCCAGACGAUGGCGACGCUCUGUAUCUUUGCGUGGCCAGGAGACAGUUACGGCCCCGUUCCGACGCGCCUGUCCUAGACAACGAAGACGAAGUCAGGGCAGAAUCGGCCUACGAGUGGGAAGUCCUCGAGCUUCGUGACUACAAGCAAACCGAUGACGAUGGUCAUAACACCAUUUCGCUUGGAAUCUGCCCCGGUGACGGAACGAUCCACCUCGCAUUCGAUCAUCACUGUGACAUCCUUCGAUACCGCUACUCAAGGCGGGACGUAGCCACUCAACCCUGUACCGUCAGUUGGCGUCCAGACAUCUUCUCGGUCACUCUUGACUACCUCCCGGGAAUCCCAUCCACCCACAAGCCCCUCCGCGACGUGACAUACCCCCGAUUCGGCUUCCUCGGCGAGGACAUGUUCUUCUCCCACCGUGACGGCAAGGCUGGACUCGGCAACGACCAUCUUUACACCUAUAAUGGCAAAAACGGUCGCUACAAGUACAUCGGCCCCUACCUGACAGGGAUUCAGAGCAAUCCAUACGUCAACGGGAUGACCUCCCGUGACGGGGUCCUCCACGUCACUUGGGUAUAUCGAGGCUUUGUGGAUUAUCCGGGGUGGGACGAUCCGCUCGAUACCAAACACAAGCAGCAGGCGGGACCAAACGGGGCCGAAAACAACCAUAACAUUUGUUAUGCGUAUAGCGACGCCGGUGGAUACGCAUGGAGAAACGGCCGGGGUGAAGUGAUUGCCGACUUGAGGGAUCCUGCCAAGUUUCCCAUCGACGUACGGGGGAAAGGGCGCACCAUGACAAAUGACUGCAAUGGGAUCGUUGUCUUUGACGUACCCAAGGGCAAGGGCCUGAUGAACCAAGAGGCACAAGCAGUUGACCAAGAAGGGGGUGUACACGUCUUGAACAGAGAUAUGAUGAAUGAAGGGGGGACGUACCUGUGGAAACAUUAUUACCGGUCGUCAGAUGGGACGUGGACGCAGCGGGCACUGCAAGUCAUCACCGAAGGCAGCAAACGUGGUCAAGUAGCCAUCAGCAAAACCGGCGAUUUAUACGCAAUCCUUCCAGACUCGACCACGAAGAGCAUGCGGAUCCUGAGGGCCACCAAAGCUGGUGGAUACGCCGAUUACCGACAAGUUUGGAAAGGAGACGGCCUUGGCGGCGAACCGCUGGUAGACUCAGCCAGGCUGGAGUAUGACAACGUUCUGUCAGUCUUUGCUCGCAACGAUCCCGUCGACCCGGCUGAGCAUCCGGCGGAGGGUCAAGCUGUCGCCAUCCUUGACUUUGAGCUGCCCAUGGAAGACAAGGAUCCCAAGGCGGACGAAGAUUCCAUGAGAGACACAAGUGAUCCAAGUGACGUCGAUGGUCAGCCCAUCUCUCAAGCGCCUAAGAAGCGAAGACUGGCAAGAAAACAAGCAUCUGGAACGGCCCUUGCCGAGGUUUCGGAAUAA